CUCAAGGAAUAUCUGUCGUUUGCUAUUGCGCUGGCCAGUGAAGCCGGGGCCAUGAUUCAACGCGCUUUAGAGACCAGAAUGGCUGGCUCGAGCACGACGUUUGAAGUCAAAUACGAUAAUCCCACUGACCUGGUUACUGAAACCGAUCAAGCUGUAGAACAAUUUAUUGGAGAAGAAACCAUGGCAGCGGGGGCCGAAACGGAGUUCACCGACGCUCCGACAUGGAUUGUCGACCCCAUUGAUGGCACAACAAAUUUCAUCCAUGGAUACCCCUUUGUGGCAGUUUCCAUUGGUUUGACCAUUGGCAAGGAACCGGUGCUUGGGGUGGUGUUUAACCCGCUUUUGAAUGAAAUGUAUUCUGCCGCCAAAGGUCACGGUGCCUUUUUGAAUCAGACAGUACCAUUGCCUUUAUGCAAUCGGUCAUCCCCUUUGCGUGAUUUAUCCGACUGCUUGGUGGCGACCGAAGCUGGCUCGGACCGAUCUCCGGCCGUGUUGGAUAAAAAGAUUGAAGCUAUUCACACCAUUCUGAAAAAGACGGGAGCUCAAGCUCACAGUGUGCGUGCUACGGGUUCAGCCGCUUUGAACAUGUGUUCCGUCGCCAAAGGCAUCGUCGACGUUUACUGGGAAGUCGGAUGCUGGGAAUGGGACGUCACUGCGGCAAUUGUCAUCCUUAACGAAGCAGGCGGCGUCGUGGUCACGGGAGGCUCGGAACGCGAUGAAAACCCGGUCAACAUCUUUAGUCGAAAAUACCUCGCCAUUCGUCCUGCGGCUGAUCGUGCCAGUCAGUUACGGAUAGCCCAUCAAAUGUGGGACAUUAUUCCAGCCAUCGAUGCUCCUCGAAAACGAGUCCCUGAAUCGUUAAAAAAGAUGUCAAACAUUGUACCGUCGUCGCUUCGUGUGGUUGAUUUACGUGCGGAACUGUCGAAACGUCAGUUACCUACCAAAGGCAAAAAGGACGAACUGAUUGCUCGCUUAGAGGAAGCACUUCAGCAGGAGCAAUCGGAGCAAGAGCAACAGAAGGACGCGACAGAGGAAUCGGAUCCUUCCGCUGCUACAGAGCAAACCCAAGUGACGAAAACUGAAAAGACAGAUCAAGUGCCUGCAGCUACUGCAUCGUCGCAGGCUCAGCAAGUUGAUGCUGCCAGUGAUGCUUCUGUCAAUGAAUCAGAGAAACCAGAGCCUGUGCCUGCCGAGCCUACUGACGCUGUCCCUGCAAAGACUCUCAACGAACCUACCGUUUCCGAGCCUGUGCAACUCAUGUCCGAAGCACCCCCUACGCCUUCAACCACCAACGACACCAUAAAGCCGGCGGACGAUGACCAAGCGGCGGCCCCAGUGAUUAGCGAGAUUGAAACCACCAUGCUGAAACACGGUACUUCCGCCAAACCUAGCAGUGAGACAGACGAAGUCACUACAGCUCCAGUUUCCAACCCUCACACGCCGAACAACAAACCAACAGCAAACAAAGAACCCGCCGCUGCUUCACUAACAAAGGAGGACACGUCGAUCAAACAAAUGGAUGUGGAUCCUGACCGUGGUAUCAAACGAAAGAGGGCAUCAGAGCAGGAACCACCAAAGGCCAAAAAAGAAACAGACGAGACGGUCAGCGGUUCGGCUAUUUACAUCAAAGGCUUUGUUCGGCCAUUGAUUAUCCGACAUGUGCAAGAAUUGAUCAACAAGUAUGGUACGGUCAAACGAUUUUGGAUGGAUGCCAUCAAAACGCAUUGCUAUGUUAUUUAUGAGACGGAUGCCCAAGCCAAGGCCGCUUAUCACAAUAUCCAUGGCAUUGUGUUCCCUCCUGAGACAGGUCGCCAGGUGACGGUGGGUGGUUUAACCCCUGAGCAAGCUGAAAUGCUCAUUGAGCAAGAGCAGGCGGCGGCCGAGAAGCGAGUGCGUUUGGAUUGGGAAGCGUUGAUUGCUAACAAGGACAAAGGAUCUAUAACACCUACAGAAGCUAGCAGUCCUUCCGCUCGACGAUCGAGAAUCAUGGGUUUUGAACAAAUUACAAAGCAGUUGCAAAAAGAUGCUUCUCCAUCGACAGAAAUGCAAAUGCAACUACCGCCUACCAUGGCUCCUGUCGAAAUCGAAGCAGACAUGUCACCCGCAUUGUCUUUGGAUCAACUCUUCCGUAAAACGACCGCUGUUCCACCCCUCUACUAUAUGCCCGUCGAUGAUGCCACCGCCAAAGAAAGAUUAGCCGCUCUGAGAGAACAAAGAGCUGCACGAUAA